CCGUGAUCCGAAGAAACUCUUUCAAUCGAGAUCACGGAUUGCUUUCGAGAGGCGAAAAUAAAUAUCCAGAGUUCUAUAUUUGUUAACCGGACGUUCUCUGGCAGUUGGGCAUAAAGAUUUCCUUCCGAAUGAGAUAAGAGGUUCUGAGAGCUAAUUAAAGUUUUCGGGCGAAUGUAGACCACCUAGUGAAGAAAGUUUCCGACGGAGUAAAAACUUGGAUCACUAUCGGGGCAGGCUUCAACUUUGAGUACGAAAGGAACGAUCAUUCCGACAACAUCGUUGGUACGCACUUUCCAAGCUUUUUUUCCCGAUCAUGAGAAUGCUCAACAACGCGGAUAUUAUAAAUUAUCUUAUGGAACAGGACGAUCGCGAUGAACAAAGCACGAAGAAGAAAAAAACAAUCGACGAGUCAACUGAUGCGAAUCCAGAUAAAGAUAACAUAUCAAAUAGACAUCAAAUCGCACACCGUCCUACCGUACGCAUUCUCGAGAGAAGAUAUCCGUUAACUGCAACUGGCUACAAAUACUUGAACAUUGGUAUCAAUGUCACACUCCCUUCUUACGUAACUAUCAUUUUGGGAGAUUGUCACGGUAAAGAGAUUCCGCUUUCACCGGACAUCUGGAGAGAGCUUCUCGAACAAAAACACACAUCAUUUUGUCCCUUUUGCAGUACGACGAAAAUAAUAAAGGAAUACGUGCGCCGUCUCCAAUGUACGUUGGAAAUCUAACGUUGCGCUUCGGACGAAUUAAUAAUCUACCAACUACUGCGUCUAGAAACAAGUACAGCUCGUCUAUCCAUGUCGAAAAGUACUGUACUUAAUAUAUUUAAUCUCGAACACUGUGUGAAUCGUCUCAUUUCCUCUCUAACCGCAAUGACCGAUAACGUCGAUAAAAAAUUUUCA